AUGAUGUUUCACAUACAGGAUAUUUUAUGUCACCGACUUGGCCAAACCACAAUUACCUUACUGUCAGGCGAUACCGAUGUCUUCGUAUGCUUGUUAUACCAUCUUUCAAUUAAUUGGCUUCAUCAAGACCUCACAGAACUUUGGCUUAUCCGUAACUCAGGUGUGAAACGAUCAAUUUUACCUCUCCAUGAAAUAUGCACCACCCUUGGUAGAGAUUUACUUAAAUGUCUUCCAGCACUCCAUGCACUUACUGGAUGUGAUACAACCAGUAAGAUUUCAACAAAACUUUCUGCACUAAAUACCAUUCGCAAACGUGAUGAUGCUUCCUUGAUACUAAAUUUCGAUUGUCCACCACCAAUGACAGACAGCGCGAUAGAGCUUGCAGAAUUAUUCUUGGUUAAGUGCCUGAAACCAUCAACUGAAUUGGAAACUUUUGAUGAACUACGUCUCGCGGCAUUUGACAGUAAUUCUCUUAAAUUGGAUUUCGAGAAAACUGUUUGCACUUCAACGAAUGCACGGAAACACAUUCAAAGGAGUUACUACCAAAUGCAACUGUGGAUUCAAGCCCCAUUUAGAGAUGCUUCUCUACUUAUGAAUGCAGAAUCUUACGGUUUCGAAAGAAUUUACGGGGUACUACUUCCUGAGAUUGUGAUUAGUAAACCAGACAGUCUUCCUGAUCCAUGUAAAUGCGGAAAGUGUGCUAGACAAAAUGUUUGCCCAUGCAGGGUUGCCGGGAUAAAAUGUUGCAAGUAUUGCAAAUGCAAGUCUGGGGAAGAUUGCAAAAAUCCAAUCACAGAAUAA